CGGCUGGAGUCGGUUCUUGAAAGCAACUUCCCUGGGUACUGGUCAGUGUGUUGUGGGUGCGGGGCGGUGCUGAGCUGUCAGGAUGAGUCCCUGAAGUUCUGCGCGUUCCGUGAGACCUCACGGAGUGGCGGACCAGCAAGUGUCCGUUGCACUGAAGUCACCGUCUGCCCGUGGAGAUUUAAACGGCUCCCCUUGCUGUUGAAGACUGUUGGCUGGAGGUACAGCCUUAAUGUUCCAGCUGGUUUUUAAUUAAAAAAAAAAAAAAACGAAAAUUUUAAAGUAAAAAUUGUGGCCACACACUUGGGAAAUGCGCUGUUUUUCCUGUUCUGGUGAGCUAAAUUUCCGAAUCAGAGUAUCACUACCCUGAAAGUAUGGGUUUAUCGCAACAGAGGCAGAUUCAGCUGCCUUUUCCUAACCCUGAGAGUUGGACUUCUGUGUUUUCUGCACCUUGGUCGAGUCCUGACAGUCCUGUGCAGUGUUUCCUCACCUAGAGUUUGCUGCACAGUCAUAAAGCGUUUUUGUGGGUGCUCUGACUCGGAAGAGGAGAAAUAUUGACCUGCAUUCAUGUGGCGUGUUAAUUACUUUAUAAAAUAAUAUGCAUGACUAAUGCAGCAUGUAGUGAAGUAGCAAGAGAUGCCUCAUGAACCCGUCAGUGUGUAACUGCAUUUAUUCCAAAGGCUUAUUUCUUUUCUCCUCCAAAGAAAAUUUGUAAAGUUGUCAUGGGACUUUAUGUUCAGUCCGCAAAUAUUACGAUUAAUGCUUUAAAACAAACAAGCAAAACCUGUCAUCGGUGCUUCCCCCAACCUUGUCCUGCUGAACUUGCAUUUUGAUGUUUGUACCUUUUAUUAAGAAAGUGUGGUCAUUGCAUGAAUUUUUAGGAAUCUAUCAUUUUUUGGUUUUAACGAUCUUGCUAUGAAAUACAGAUUUUAAAAGCUGUUGGAAUUCUACUUCCACAUUUCAGCAUCAGGAAGAUACUUGCUUUUAUUUGGAGAGUUUGAAAUUUUACCGAAUAGUGCCGUGAGUAUGUUUGAAUUGGAAGAGCAUUGAGGCAGUAAACGUGGAACUGCUCAUGAAAACGUGGUUUCCUCUCUCAGCAGGGUUGAAUGCCUGCCCUCACCUUCAGGCAUGACCAUGGAGAAAGGAGGGAACGUACAGUUGGAGAUCCCUGACUUCAGCAACUCUGUCCUGAGCCAUCUAAACCAGCUGCGCAUGCAGGGCCGGCUCUGCGACAUCGUGGUCAAUGUGCAAGGACAGGCCUUCCGGGCUCACAAAGUGGUCCUGGCCGCCAGCUCCCCCUAUUUCCGGGAUCACAUGUCCUUGAAUGAAAUGAGUACUGUCUCCCUCUCAGUCAUCAAGAACCCUACUGUUUUUGAACAGCUCCUUUCAUUCUGUUACACCGGGCGGAUAUGCCUGCAGUUGGCGGACAUCAUCAGCUACCUAACUGCUGCCAGUUUCCUGCAGAUGCAGCAUAUCAUAGACAAAUGCACGCAGAUCCUGGAGGGCAUUCAUUUCAAAAUUAACGUGGCUGAGGUUGAAGCAGAAUUAAGUCAAACAAGGACAAAGCAUCAAGAGAGGCCUCCUGAGUCUCACAGGGUCACACCGAAUCUGAACCGCUCCAUGAGCCCCAGACAUAAUACCCCAAAGGGAAACCGGCGAGGCCAGGUCAGUGCCGUGCUGGAUAUCAGAGAGCUGAGUCCCCCUGGCGAGUCCACCAGUCCUCAGAUAAUUGAACAGAGUUCUGACGUAGAGAGCCGGGAACCCAUUCUUCGGAUCAACCGAGCAGGCCAGUGGUAUGUGGAGACAGGGGUAGCAGACCGGGGCGGCCGGAGUGAUGAUGAAGUGAGGGUCCUUGGAGCAGUACACAUCAAAACUGAAAAUCUGGAGGAGUGGCUGGGGCCUGAGAAUCAGCCUUCUGGAGAAGAUGGAAGUAGCGCAGAGGAAGUCACAGCCAUGGUGAUCGACACCACAGGCCACGGUUCUGUAGGACAAGAAACUUACUCGUUAGGAUCUUCAGGGGCCAAAGUAGCACGUCCAACCAGCAGUGAAGUUGACAGAUUUAGCCCCUCUGGCAGCGUGGUUCCCUUGACGGAGAGACAUAGAGCCCGCAGUGAAUCUCCUGGGAGAAUGGAUGAGCCUAAGCAACUCAGCUCCCAGGUAGAAGAGUCAGCAAUGAUGGGGGUAAGUGGCUAUGUGGAGUAUCUCCGAGAACAGGAAGUAUCCGAGCGGUGGUUCCGGUAUAACCCCCGUCUCACUUGCAUCUACUGCGCCAAAUCUUUCAAUCAGAAGGGGAGCCUAGACCGCCACAUGCGCCUGCACAUGGGGAUUACGCCAUUUGUCUGCCGCAUGUGCGGCAAGAAGUACACCCGGAAAGAUCAGCUGGAGUAUCAUAUCCGCAAGCACACAGGCAACAAGCCCUUUCACUGUCAUGUUUGUGGCAAAAGUUUUCCCUUCCAGGCUAUCUUAAAUCAGCACUUUCGCAAAAACCACCCUGGCUGUAUACCCUUGGAGGGGCCUCACAGCAUCUCUCCUGAAACGACUGUCACGUCCCGGGGGCAAGCUGAGGAAGAGUCGCCUUCACAGGAAGAGCCAGUUGCCUCUGGGGAAACCGCGCAGGGCUCUGUGUCCACCACGGGGCCUGACUGAAAUAGCGAGGGGAAGGGGGCAGAUCCUCUUCCCCUUUGGGCCGUGAGCAGCCCGCAUCGGGGCUGUGGGCUGGUACUUAGAUUCACAAAAUGCCACGUCACUAGACCAGAAGAUGCUCCCAAGAUGUUGCCAAACUAGACGAUCAGCAACAUCCAUAGAAGCACUAAAGGCUCUUCCCCUCCUCUUUCCACCUCACAUUUUGGAAAGUAAUCAAGCAAAUCAAACUUUUAAUUCAGGGAUCAACAGCCUUGGUUUGUUAACUUUGUAAGAAAAAUUUUUUAAUGAAACAGUGAUAAGUGGUCAUGCAUCCGCCAGUCACGUUGAACACUGUACUUUGGUCCAUAUCAUCUUGGUGGCUGUAACUGCCAGAUCUAAAAAAUGCAGCAGGAGCCUUGGCCGUCGGGAGAGCCAACACCAGAGAGAAUGAGGUAGUCACGAUGGUGUGAGGAGGAGUUGGUCUUCUUCCUUCCCUGCCUGAACAUGCAUUUUCACAUCUCAAGAAAAACCAAUGAAUGCCGAUGGUUCUGUUGUUUUCAGAGGUUUGACUUUAUCUUUGCCCUGACUAGGCAUGUUGUACUGGUCUGAGUGUUGCAUGAGAUCAGCCCUCUUGGAGCAGUAUUCUAGUGGGCAGCAACACCUGAAGCACUUUAGGCGAUUGGAAGUGAAGUGAGCCACAGAGCGUUUGCAGUAGGUACUGUUACAUUUGGAGGCUUAUAUGUUGGGUUCAGGAAAAGAGGAGCAGGGAAGAAAGUGUUUGUGUUUGGCAAAGGUCAGACAGCACAGAGCCAUAUUGAAGCUUCCUGAUUCAUAUUUGUAAACCAUAAUGUUCCAUUCUCAGGUGUUGGGACAUGGCUCUGGUUCAAAUUAAUUAACGUGUUAAGCUGACUACCAAAGUUCCAUCUAGUCUCCUUGGCUCCUGCUAUCAUAUAACAGCAAUAUUGUACUUCAAAAAAUGUCAUUUUCCAGUGAAAUGAGCCUGGAUUGUAUUUUUAAAUCCACAGGUCUCCAUAUUUGAUAACUUUUAUAUGAAGUUUUAAACACAUUUUCUUGCAAUAUUGUGGUUGAAGAAAUUCAACAUUAUGGUUCUUCUUGCAACCACAAUUACAUUUCCUUCUACAUAUAUAAGACUUUAUAUUUUCAGUCCAAUAGAAGAACCUCACUUAAAUCUAUGUCUCGGGUCUGCAAACCUGGAAAUUCGUAAACCAACCAUCAGCAACUUGCUGGUGACUCCAAGAGCUUUGAUUUGUAAUAAUACACUACAGGGCACUUAACAGAAAACAUCAUGCACACUCAUGUUGCAAUAAAUGAUCAAGGGAUCAGUUUUGAUCAGGUUUGGUUACUUAAAUCAUUCCUAAGAUUUUUUAAAACUUCAAGGGACCUUUUUAGUAUUUCUGGAUAUUUCUGAGAUUCUUAAGUUAGCACAAAGAAAGAACUUAGCAUGGAGCUUUAGUUGCCCUGUCUUGCAUACAGAGCGAGGAGGAGGAAUGGUAAAGGAUGCAGGCAAGUAGAUGCUUGUAACUUACAGUGCAAAUAGAAGAGAGAAAAUCUCUAGCUUCUCGUGAUUGAUCUUAAGUAUUUAUGUAAUGGUUUAAGAAGUUGUUUUAAUGCAAAGGCAUAGAUGAUUGUAAAAGAGAUUUGGGAGAAAGGCUGGUCAUUACCACCAGCAGUGGUGAGCCAUUUCUGAGAAGGUUAAUUAUGUGGUCCUUUUCUGAGAAUGCUUUAUGGUAUGUGGAAAGAUGGGUAGAAAAGAAUGGCAUUUCUUUGAUGAUAGAAAACUAGAAUGCGAAAGGUAGCUCUUAAGCAGUCUGAGAAUUGUACAUGUACAUUCACCUGCAUCCCAUAUUUAGAGAAAGAUUAUUUUCUCUUCUGGAAAAGCAUAGAAAUGAAUCUUUUAUAGGAAUAUGAAGAUACUAUCAUUUGAUAAGAGCUUACCCUUAAAAGCUUCAUUGAAGCUGCUUUUGUCUUUAGGAGGCAUAAACUGGGGCAUCCUUCUCUUUAGUUUGGCAACAGCAUGAUAGGGUAAAACCUGUCUCCAAGAUCCAUCUUAGGGACUGGCUCUGCCCUGUGGCAUGGAAAAGGUAGAGUUAAAAUUAGAUUGAAAUCCUUUGGGGUUCAGCUGGAAAUCAAGGAUUUCAAUAAACAGAUUUUUGCCACUAAUAACUAGAAGAGGUCUCAUGAGAAGUGCAGAAUAUGCUGCUUCUAGCCUACCAAAAAAAUUUCAAGUCCAUCUUAUUUUUGUUAAGUAGUAUGCUAGCAAGUUCUUUAUUGCAUUGCUUUUUUCAUUUCUUAGAUUAUAUGUGAGAAAAUAGAGCUUUGUAAACUAUUACCAAAUUGUAAUGGUGAAGUGCAGUAAUAUCUGUAAACAGGAGCUUUGCAUUAUGCAUCAAUACUCCCUCCAGGAUUAACAACAAACAUUUUAAAUGAAGUAGAGACUAUCUUAAUUUAUGUAGAACUAGUACAAUGUUCUUCCCUUUUCAUUCACUUCUAACAGGUCUUCACUGUACUGAUACUGUGAAUAGAGUGCUUCUGGUAGCUUCAGACCACAUCAGCACAAUCAUAUUUGAUUGUUCUCUUCUCUUGGCCUAACCAGAACCAAGAAAUUGAAGAAACUUCAGGACAGGUUAGCUUUUAAACAGAUUAAAGCAUUGAAAGCAAUCCCCCAUUUUAGUUAGUAGAGAUACUAUUAUUCUAAAUAUCUGUCCAGGAUUCUUAUCCAGGCACACUGUGACAUUGUCCUCAUUCUUAGCUAACAUCUCUGUAGAAUUAGUAAUGUUCUAUUUACACUAAUGAAUACUUGUUUCAGGGUGUGCAUAGAGGAUAUACUAAAUGGACUGUGGGUGAUGCAAAAAACUCAUUACCAAAUCUUAACUUGCACAUGUCACCUUAUUAAGGGAACUGCAUUAGCAAUGAGAGCUAAAAUCAUCAAGUACUUUAAUGCCAUGAAAUUGCAAACAUUGGAACCAUAAUUUUAAUUUUACUAAAUGUCAUUUAGUAGCAAAGGAGCUAUUCAGUAUUCUCAGCAAAAGAUGAGAGAUGGCAAUAUAUUAAUCUACUUUCAUUCUAAGAUGUACAUGUAUUCUCUCUGAAGUCUGAUCCAAGUAUAAAGUAUAGAUUGGCAUAAACAGUAACACUGUUCUUAGGCAGGAAGGCUCUUUCUAAUGACUUGUUCUCUUUUUACUCAGAACCACAUUUACCUCUGAACUAGGUUGAACCUUAUUUUAUGUAAGUUACGAACUACCCCCCCCCACAACUUUGUUAUAAUAGAGGGUUAAAUCUAAUCUUUAGUAUGUAAAGUGAAUUAGAUUGUAAAGGCUCAAGAUUGGAAAAGUAGAGUAGUUAAGGAACAUUUUCCUGAGGUUUUUUUUUUUCUUUUUCUUUCUUUCUUUUGGCAUUUUUUAAGUUUUUCCAACUUCCUCUACAUAAGUGAAAUAUUCUUCCAAAGAUAGUGUGAUGAUAGUAGUCUGUUUUCACUCAACCUCAUUGUUGACUUUCUGGCUUUGGAUGGAAAUGGGCUGGUAGAAGAAUAAAAUAGGGACCUUCACUCUUACAGCUGAAGAAUCUGUGGCCAAGAAACAAUUUUUACAAAGUUUUAGCUGUUAUUUGACACUGUUUCUUUUUACUGGCAGAAGCUGUAUUUUGUUUUACUAGAAAAUCUAAUUUAAAGAAAUUAAACCCGUAAAUAAUGGAAGGGAAGUUGAACAAAGGCAAAGCACUUCUGAGUAAUAAUGGGAAGGUAUUGAAUUAGAAAGGAUUGGAAUUCUGGAAGUUUUUCCAUUUCUUUCAGAUUCAGCAAGACAAAAUUUCUUUUUCUCAAAUGCCCUUCCCCUAGUCUGUGUACUUAUUUGUUCAAGGAAUAAAGAUGAGUCUUUAUUGAAACUCUUUACUUAGGCCUUAUGGGAAAGAGUUUAAAAUAUUAAACUAUUUUUUCCAAAGAUUUUUUAUUUUACUUGAAAGUAAGAGUUACACAGAGAGAGGAGAGGCAGAGAGAGAGAGAGAGAGAGAAAAAGAGAGGUGUCUUCCCAUCCAAUGGUUCACUCCCCAAUUGGCUGCAACAGCCGAAGCUGCGCCGUUCCGGAGCCAGGAGCUUCCUCUGGGUACCCGACAUGGGUGUGCAGGGGCCCAAGGACUUGGGCCAUCUUCUGCUGCUUUCCCAGGCUAUAACAGAGAGCUGGAUAGGAAGUGGAGUCUUGAACUGGCGCCCAUAUGGGAUGCCGGUGCUUCAGGCCAGGGGGUUAACCCCCUGUGUCACAGCACCGGCCCCUGAACUAUUUUUGUCCUUCAGAUUUAGAAGCAAUAAGCAGUUGUCAGUUAAAUCCUAAGUAUGAGAAUAUGUCCCUUAGCAAAGUAUAUCCUUAGAACCAUUAGAUCAGUGUAUAGCAACCUAAACCAAAUCCUGAGACUACCUGCUUGUGUUUAAAAAAAAAAAAAAAAAAAGGUAUUGUAACAGGGCCAUACCAAUUCAUUGUGUAUU